GCUUCGCCCGAGUGAGCUGUCCAGCUUUUCAGCGCUUACGAACUGUUCAGCACCAGGGACAGCGGACAAGGAACUAGAAGGACAGAGAGCCAAGGAACUGCAGAUAGCAGAACGUUUAACACAAACAAGGCGAGCUAUCAAACGACCGGUCUAGGAAAAGGGCCUUGGGGACAAGAAGACGUCAGCUGAUUCCUGUGGUGAGAAAGAACAAAGCCUGCAGGUGAAUGUAUAACAACGGUGUGAAGAUGCCAUCUCCCACGGAGGCUGCCAAUGGCUUCCCACAGCCCAGUGGGUCAGCCGUCUCACAGAAAGUUGAAGAAGAACCAUGGAAACAAGAUCUCAACUCAGUGAAAAAGACUCACAAAGAAAUCCUGGAUCAUGAGCGAAAGCGACGGGUUGAAUUGAAAUGCAUGGAGCUCCAGGAGAUGAUGGAAGAACAAGGGUAUUUAGAAGAGGAGAUCCGACAGAAAGUGAGCACUUUUCGCCAAAUGCUGCUGGAAAAGGAGGGUGUUUUAACUCGAGAUGAUGGACGAGGCCCUCAGAUUAUUAAUGAAAAUCAUAUGACAGAUGGGAGUGGAGGCCUUAUGGAAUGCCCUGGCUGUGGAGUUGCCUACACUGUGGGGUGUGACUGCCAUGCUGAUUGCUACCGAAGGGAAACAGUAAGCCACAGAAAAUACAGGGUGAGAAGGAAUUCAAGCAGUUCAACAUCACCUCCACCCAAGAAGAAAAAGAAGAAGAAAUCUGGACACAGAAGAAGCCGACGUGAAAGUUCCUCAUCUUCCAGAAAAGAGAAGAAAAAGAAAAUUGGAAAGAAACACAAGCGAGACAGGUCUGAAUCAGGAUCCAGAAAGAAAAAGAGGCACAGGUCAGUUUUACUGUUUUAACUAAUAAUAAUUUUGGUUGGCUCCUCUGUCUCCUUUCCUCAAUCCAUGCAGCAGUAACAACAGCAUAAACA